CAGGCAGCCAGUUCAUCCCUUCCCCAGCACCACAGGAAACGCGGGCUUGCAUCACACCUUGAGCCACAGGGACUACGAUUGACAUGAGGGCUGCAUUCCUGGUGCUGCUCCUAUGGGCUGUGGCCUGUGCUUACCCUGUGCCUGGCCAUGCACCCACCCACCCCAGCGCCCUGCAGGAGGAUACCACAAAUGAAGAUUACAUCGGCAAGCUGGGCAACCACCUUGAUGGUGGGGAUGGCCGACAUCCUCCUGCCAGUCCAGAGACAGGGGAAAAUGCGCUUGCCAGAGACCUGGCGGGUGGGAAUGCUGUGGAUGAGGAGCUGGGUGAGCUCAGUGGCCAAGAUGUGGGAGGCCGAGUUGGGCAGGCUCAGCACGUGAACCAGGUGGACCACAAAGACAUGAGUGCCCACAAUGGGAACGACCUUGGUUUCCUGGAGGUGGAUGCACGUGACACUGAUGAUGCUGACAAUGGCGACCACUACGGCACCAGAGCCAACGGGUUUCCCUCCCAUGGCGGCGGGUUCCUGGACGAGGAGGAUGACAGUGGGGAUGACACCUUUGAUGCCAACAGGGAAGAGGAGAGGGGUGAAGGCCCUACCUAUGUGGCUGGUGCUGAUGGGGCAGGGGAACACGAGCAUGAUGCUGGCCGUGGGGAUGCCGGGGCUGGCAUGGGGCAGAGCAGCAGCAGCAGCAGCAGCAGCGAGAGCAUUGGGGCAGACCAUCGACGCUACAGGAACUAUGGCUUUGGGCACACCUACAGGCACAGAGGGGCCAGCAGCAGCAGCCAGGAGGAGGAGAGCUAUGACUUCCAGGACAAAGCCAUGCAGGGUGAUGAUCCCUCUGUCUUCGACGGCCCAGGCAGCAGCUACAGGAUGCGCCACACUGGCCCCCAUGCUCUGGGGAGCAGUGGGGAGAGUGCCCAAGGGGCUGGCUCCCACCGCUGGGAGGAGGAGGACAGUGGGUCCCCUGAGGUGGAGGAUGGUGACUCUGGAGAAGACAGCCCAUCUGUGGAGAACAACAGUCAGUCAGAAGAGCCUGUUGACAGCCAGUCAGAGGAAAAAAGCUCCAGCCACUCCAGGGAGGAUGGGGAUGGGGAUGGGGAUGGGGAUGGGGAGAACAGCCCCUCCAGGGAAGAUGAAGACAGCGAGUCCAGGGAGACCACUGAUGAGCAGUCAGAUGAAGAGCCAGGGGACACCCCAGAGGUGGUGAGAACCUUGAAUGAGCACAGCAACAGUCAAACCUGGGAAGGUCAGGAGGACUGGGAUUCUGCUGAGGACAGGAGUGUGCUGUCCACACCUGACAGUGAGUCCAGGGAAGAAGAGAAUGAACUGAGCAAGUCCAGGGAAGAUAAUGAUGACCGGAGCAAUUCCACAGAGGAUACUGUGGAGGAGUCAGAGGAGGAUGAGAAUGACUCUGUGCCAGGCACAUCAGCUGAGAGCCCAGAGUUGCUAGAGGAUGACAGCAGCCCAGAGGACAGCACAGGUGAGGACAGCAGGUCCACAGAGAGCGACAACAGUGAGUCCCAGGAAGGUGAGGAUGAUGUGGAGAGCCACUCCCAGGAGGAUGCCACCCGUGAGUCCAGCAGCCAUGGGGACGAUAGCUCCCUGCAGAGCCUGGAGAGCGGGGGCCACAAGCAGCGGCUGGGCGCCAUCCACCACAGACCUGCUGCUGACUAUGAUGGCAAUGACUGCCAGGACGGGUACUGACCUGUGCCCUGUGGCCUCAGCGGCAUGGAGGGUGUGGGGGGAGGAGGGGUUAAUUUAUUUGCCAUAUAGCCUGAUUGACUUCUUCUCAAGAAGGUGCUGUGGUUAAAAUGGAGUCAGGUUUGCCUGGGCCAGACCUGGGCAUGCUACACGGGAAAUGAAAGGGUUGCCAGGCACAGGGAGAAUGCCAAACCACAGCAAGAAAGGGCAUUUUCUGUAUCAAACUGGAGAGCAGCUGAGAGCUAUGAGUGCCAGCAGGGUGAUGCUGCCCACUUGCCCCAGGGGCACAGUGGUGGCUUGGCACUCCUGGGCAUGCUGGGCAAGUCCCUGUGUUCAGCCCUUGUGUUUACCUACCCCUGCCCUAAACACACCUGCCCAGACUCCAGCUGGAGCUUUCCAUUAACUCUAUGUCCAGCACAGAAAAAGGAAAAGCUACAGCUGGUGUGCACAUGUGGUGCAUGGGCACAGCAGGGUGUGAAG